AAGUGCUUCCCCGCGAUACUUCUGUCUUGGUUAACAGUCGCUGUUAUUUUGCGUUUCAGCUCGAGUUCGGCAGAGAUGGAGUACGUAAACCCCGAAGGACUUCGCUUGGAUGGUCGCCGUCCCAUGGAAAUGAGACAAAUUCGAGCAGAGAUUGGUUCAGUUGCUAAAGCUGACGGGUCUGCUUUGUUUGAGAUGGGCAACACCAAAGUCAUUGCAGCAGUAUAUGGCCCUAGAGAGGUCCAAAAUAGGAGUCAACAAAUUAGCGACAAGGCGCUGGUGCGCUGCGAGUAUAGCAUGGCUAAUUUUAGUACUGGGGAUCGAAUGAGAAAACCAAAGGGUGACAGACGAUCCACAGAGAUAUCUCUGGUUAUUCGCCAGACCAUGGAAGCUUGCAUAAUGACACAUUUGAUGCCUCGGUCUCAGAUAGAUAUUUUUGUCCAAGUUCUCCAAGCUGAUGGAGGGACUAGAUCUGCAUGUAUCAAUGCUGCAACUUUGGCCCUUGCAGAUGCUGGGAUUCCUUUGCGGGAUCUUGUUACUUCAUGUAGUGCUGGGUACCUUAACAGCACUCCUCUGCUUGAUUUGAACUACGUAGAAGAUAGUGCUGGAGGUCCUGAUGUCACUGUAGGGUUUCUACCUAAGUUGGACAAAGUGACUCUUCUUCAGAUGGAUUCUAAGUUAUCAAUAGACCUUUUUGAAAAUGUCAUGCAACUUGCAAUUGAAGGCUGCAAAGCAGUAGCAAAUUACAUUCGGGAAAUACUGCUAGAGAAUACCAAGCAACUAGAGUAUCGCCGGGGUUUAUAGUUUACAAGCAUGGCGUCUCUUCUCUGACCUCUCGUUCCUUGGAAGCUGCAGCUUGGCCUGAUCAGUGUUGAACUCUUUUUGAACUCUUAUAACUGGCACCUGUUUAUGGUUGGGAUUGUGGUAAAGUAUGUUUACCUCAGCUCUUGGAAAUACAUUUUUGUGGGUUAUAUCUUAAGCUUGUUCUAAUGAUGCCUUCUUGCUUGUAUUUGAAACCAUAAACUGAAUUUUGAGUCGGAGAGAAUUUUGAUCAAGAGAGCCAUGGAGUUUUAUGUUUC